AUUGUUAUUGUUAUUCGCUGCCCGACAUUCAACACUGGAUUUGUCGCAGAUAACCUUUUCACUGCUUGUUCGCUGACCUGUGCGAAGUGUUCAUCGACUGGAACGAUGGAAAAACAAAGAUUCUCCCUGCUGCUGCUGGAGCCGAGCGAAAUAUACUUCGAGGACUUCUCGGUGGACAUUGUGCGGGAAGAGCUGACCACCAACCUAGAUCCGGAGUUCCAGAUGAGUGGUCGGCUCAAGAUGUGCUCCAAGUCGCUGGUGUUCGAAGCGAAGGGAAGCGCCAGCGCGCCGUUGAUAAAGAUCAUGUACAAAGACUGCACCACGAUCGAUCGGCAGGAGGAUGCUGACUGCCAGCGGCUUUCGAUCCGCUGCCGGCAGUACAUCGAACUGCUGGACCAGAACCGGAUUCAACCGUACCGGUUCGUGCAGAAGGAAUGUGCCUUUCUGUUCCAUUUCCAUUACGCUAAGCUGGACGAAUGUUUGCAGCAGAUAUGUCAGCUGUACCGUGCCUCCACGUUACCUUCCUACGAACAAAACAGUAUGAUAGCAACGAUAGUAUACUCGAGACACAGCCGUGUCAAAUUCAAUAAGCUGUGGUUAAACAAUCUGUACGAACGGACGGUUUGUGAGUUCCAGGUAGAAGAAAUCAAUCCACUGGUGGUGAACCCAGGCCGUUUGCUUGUGACAAACAAAAUCAUAUACUUUCAGUACUACAAUAACAUCAACACGAAUCCGGUACUAAAAGUUGGACUAAAGCAUAUCAUCGGUGUUUCCAAACAUCGGUACCUACUGCGCCAGAUUGGGCUGAAAGUCCGGUGGAACGAAAAACGUUCGACGGAUGUAACGGAUCAGUGCCUUUACCUAGUGUUUCGUAACCAAGCGGAACGUGAUGAAUGCUGGCGAAGCAUUUGCGCCCAACCGGACUGCUCCGCUACGGAGCAAAGCCCCGAAAGCAUGACCCUGAAAUGGCAGAACGGGCUCGUCUCGAACUACGACUAUCUGCUUUACCUGAACAGUCUUGCCGACCGUUCGUUUCAGGACCUUACGCAGUAUCCGGUGUUUCCCUGGAUCCUCACCGAUUACACUUCGGACGAGCUUAAUCUUAACGAUCCGGGUGUGUACCGCGAUCUCAGCAAACCGGUCGGUGCACUCAAUCCGGACCGUUUGGCACGGUUGCGGGCCCGGUUCGAGGAGAUGCCCGAACCAAAGUUUCUGUACGGUUCGCACUACUCUACGCCCGGCUUUGUGCUGUACUAUCUGGUACGCAAACACCCGGAACUGAUGCUUUGCCUGCAGAACGGUAAAUUCGAUCAUCCGGACCGUAUGUUUAACAGCGUGGCGGAUGCGUACAACAACUGUCUGCACAACAUGUCCGACUUUAAGGAGCUGAUACCGGAGUUUUACGACACCAACCAGCGGGGCGAUUUUCUGCUGAACGGCAUGAAGAUCGACUUCGGUGCCCGGUUCGAUGGGACGCCGGUAAACCAUGUGGCACUGCCGCCCUGGGCACACAACGCACCGGAACGGUUCGUGCGUUUGCUGCGCGAAGCGCUCGAAUCGGAUCAUGUGUCCGCCCGGUUACAUCAGUGGAUUGAUCUGAUCUUCGGCUACAAGCAGCAGGGCAAAGCAUCGCACGACGCGGACAAUGUGUUUUUCCACCUCUGCUACGAAGGUUCGGUAGAUCUCGGGUCCAUCAACGAUCUGGCUGCCCGGCACGCGAUCGAAGUGCAAAUAUCGGAGUUCGGGCAGAUACCGAAGCAGCUGUUUCGUACCGCACACGUCUCGAAGCUGCUCGCAAUAGCGCCACCGAUCGGGACGAGCACGCAGAUGGUGUUGCGCCAGGAGACGGUGUACCACUCGCACAAGGACAUCAUUACGGCGGUGGCAGUGGACCGGGCGGCCGGGAACAUAUUCACCACCAGCAAGGACGGCACGAUGACGUGCUACAGUACGAGCGAGAAGCGCAAAAUUCGUAGCGUGCAGUUGAGCGAUCUGUCCAUCAGCUCGGUACAGAUCGCGGACGACCGGUCGAUCAUAAUGGGCGGAUGGGACGAUACGAUUUUAAUCUAUAAUUUCGACUUCGGUAAGAUUUCGAACACCAUACGAGCGCACGACGACGCCGUGUCCUGCAUUUCUUACGUAUCGUCCCAUGGAUUGCUUGUUUCCGGCAGCUGGGACUGCAGCUUGAAGAUUUGGAACAAUUUUCACAACGAUUCGGUGAUCGGGUAUCACGUGCUGGAGGAGAAGAUCAUUUCCAUCGACACGUACGCCGGCGAACGGAACGUCCACAUAGCGGUCGGGUUGCAAAACGGUGAGCUGCUGCUGUACGAGCUCGAUUCCCGCACGCUGACCAAACCGACCUCGUACACGCGGGACAAUCACAAGCUGCUGCAGACGCACCGCGGUCCGGUGUGUGAGGUAAAGUUUAACGGGAAGGGUACGCUGGUUGCGUCCUGCGGUGAGGAUCGGGUCACGUACGUGACGGACACGGACAGUACGAUGACCAUCUGCCGGAAGGAGCUGAACGCGAUCGUGCGAUGCCUGUGCUGGACGCCGGACGGGACGUAUCUGCUGAUGGGCGACCAAACCGGACUGCUGCACGUGUGGAACAUGCUGCAGGGCAUGGUGGAGUGUGAGGUGAACGUACACGGUGAUUGCGUCUAUCGCAUCGAGUGCAUCGAUGAAAAGCGGAUAAUAAGCUGUGGUAAGGAUGACAAUAAUUAUUGCAUCAAGUUGUGGGCGGUUGCAACGUAACAAAUAUGUGAUACUAUUACCGGUUAAGAUAUGCUCGAUAUUUUAUAAAUCGACGGUCGGCGGUUAUCGGCUGUCCGCUCCCAUUCUUCUCGAAACGAUAUUGUUUAUACCGAGGCGUCACUUCAAUCGGUGACCGAGACGGGCCGGUCUCACCGUACGCCGGUUCAAUGAGCCUGCUAGACGGGUUUAAGCAAAUUACGGAAUCCACAAAGCUGGCAGCCCCAAAAUCCGAGCGAGGUUUGAGUGCCAAAAGAAGGAGAGAAGAACUCUUAUUUAACUUCCCAUCAUUUCGAAAAAAACAUUACUCCUGAGGUUAGGUUUCUCACUUAGCUCAAAGUCAAUAAACAAACAAAAAAAAAAAAA